CUAUCUAUACCGGUUCCCCGGUAGAAAAUCAUUGCAGUUUCGAAUAGGUGCAUCUCGAUACGACUGUGGAAUCAUUUUAACUAAUUUUGUGAUUGUUCAAAUAUCACUAAAAUACCUAUUUUCAAACUAAUCAAGUCUAGUGAAUAUUAUCCCAAUAACAAGGUGCUCUUACAAAUGUAAACAAAGCAAAAGUUUUGGCUAGUUCACAUAAACAAGUUCAGACUUGUCUUGAUCUUUUCUUGAAACUGUGGAGUUAUUAGGUAAUUUAAUGACAUAGAAAAACUACAAAAAUUCUACAAAAAUGGAUGUGGAUAUGGAAGAUGACCAACUACAAGCUCGGCCAUACCAGACUCAACUGGAAGAAAUUGCUAUAAACAAAAACACUAUCAUACAUUUACCAACAGGAUCUGGAAAAACAUUCAUUGCGAUCAGGCUCAUCAAACGAUUUAGAGAGGCACUCCAAAAGCCAUGGGGGCAAGGGGGCAAGCGAACCUUUUUCCUGGUGAAUACAGUUCCACUUGUUAUCCAACAGAAAAAAGUGAUCCAGAGAUUAUGCCCUGUAAAUAGUGUUGGGGCAUACAGCGGAGAGGAUAAUGUUGACUACUGGGACAAAGACAAAUGGGACAUUGAAUUAGAAAAGCAUCAGGUGGUGGUUAUGACGAGCCAAAUUUUGUGUGAUAUGAUCACACAUUCAUACAUCAAGAUUGAUGACAUAAAUCUAUUGAUAUUUGAUGAGUGUCAUCAUGCAGUCGAAGACCAUCCCAUGAGAUUGAUUAUGAAGCACUUUGAUAACUGGCCAGUAUCAAAGCAGCCUCGGGUUCUAGGUUUAACCGCCACGUUGCUAAACGCGAAUGUGAGCAUUGGCAAAGUGGAGGAUACAUUGCGCAAUCUGGAGACGACGUUCCACGCCACUAUCGCGACGGUCAACGAACUGGGUGAAGUACUAAACUACUCAACGAACCCACAUGAAAUGGUUCAAUUUUAUAAACCUUUGGCAAUGACUGAUGCCUCGCUUAAGGCAAUUAUGUUACUAGAAGAACUACAGGAACUCGUUAUGUCAGUGAAAUUGCCGACUGUGACCGAUCCAAAUAUCAAAUUACAAUAUGGGCAGAUGGAUAUAACAACAGAUCCCAAAAAGAUUGUGAAAGCUGUUAAAAACAUUGUAUCUGGAAUGAUAUUGUUAAUAAAAGAGUUGGGCGUGUUCGGCGGCUCGCUCGGAGUUAUAGCUUAUAUUAUACUUCUGGAGCGUUUAAAACGCAAAUGUUUGAACAGAGAAGAAGAGUUGUUAUAUACAUUUUCCAUCACACACUCUGUUGAGGUCAGAAGUAUUCUUCUGGAUGCAAUGGAGAAUGAUAAAGGCUACGACAAAAUUGUAAAGCAUUCAUCUGCAAAAGUUUUGCAAAUGUUGAAUAUUUUAAAAGAAUACAGUCCUACGUAUUACAACUCGCCUGGAGUGUUGAUGAAAGUUAACAAAGAAAGGAAACCAUUAUCAGGGAUCAUUUUCACUCAACAGAGGUUCACCGCCAAAGUUAUAUACAAUCUGAUAAAAGAAGUCAAAGAAGCCAAUCCAGCUGAAUUUGGUUUUAUUAAACAUGAUUUUUUGGUAGGGUUCAAUGUUAACCCUUUUAAAAGUACCCGAGAACAGCAUUAUCUAAAGAAAGCCAGUCAAAGAGCUCUUCUAAAGUUUAGCAAUAAAGAACUGAACUGUUUGAUAUCAACGAGUGUCAUCGAGGAAGGAGUUGACAUUCCGCAGUGCUUGUUGGUGCUGCGCUAUGAUCCGCCCAUCGAGUACAGGUCAUACAUUCAGAGCAAAGGCAGAGCUCGUAGCUCCGAUUCUAGUUAUGUGAUACUCGUGGAAGAAACCAAUAGGGGAAAAUUCUCAGCCCAAUAUCGUGCCUUUCAGGAGACUGAAAGAUACAUUCAAAGUAUAUUAGUAGGUAGCACGGCUGAUAGAGACGCUCCGACUAAGGACGACAUUCAAGAAGGGCUUUACGAUGAUGACAAGGUGCCUCCCUACAUCACACAAACUGGCAGUCGCCUAUCAGCCGCCUCAGCAAUCAGCUUACUAAACCGCUACUGCUCAAUGCUGCCCCACGACCAAUUCACGGUUAUAACCCCCAUGUGGAUUCAGGAGAAGGUUGUAAUUCAGGAUAAGACGAUGCGGGUCAUCACUAUCAUAAUGCCCAUCGCUUGCCCCGUCAAGGAUAGGAUCAAGGGGAACUCGUAUGAGAAUUUGAGGUCUGCCAAACGAUCGGCGGCUUUGAAUGCGUGCAUACGACUGCAUCAAGAGGGAGAGCUUGACGCUAUCACACUACUUCCGAAGCAGUAUGGGAUUGUAGACUUCGAGCAGAUUGACGUGAAGCAAUGUUUCCCCAACUGGCCAUGGGAUAAAAAUGAUGAAUCAUCAUCAGAUAAUUUAGAUGCUCCUAAACCGGGAAGUAAGAAAAUGAUGCGGAAGCAUCCAAAAGUGUUUCCAAAAUACCUGCAAUCGUCUAGCAAAUGGAAGUAUGGUCAAAAGACUUUCUUCCUUCACGUCAUACAUUUAAAGGCUGCUUUCAACGAGCCGAAAGAUUCCCGCGAGAGGGCGUUGUUCAACUUGCUUCAGAGGGGAGAGGGCUUCGGCCUGUUGACGCCGAACCCUCUGCCUAAGAUUUGCGACUUCCCAAUGUUUUUAACCGUGGGCGAAGUCGCAAUUUCCUUGGAAAUGAAUUAUGCUGUCAUUAACCUCGAUUUGACACUUUUCGAUCUUGUGAAGGAAUUUCACUACUUCAUAUUUGACCAAGUGCUCGAUGUUGCGAAGAAAUUUCUGGUUUUUGAUGGAACGGAAAACAACAUGUUUGUGGUACCUACCAUAGAGACUUCCGGCCACGACAUAGACUGGAAUGUCAUGCAGACUUAUAAACACAUUCGACCCGUGGAAAUGCCUUCUUAUGAGGAACGGAAGAAUUUAGUAGUGACCAGAGAAGACUACAAAUACUGCGUUGUCACUCCUUGGUACAGAGGAACCAUUAUGCCAGACAGGUAUAUAGUGUCAGACGUAAUCGAAUAUAUGACACCGCAGUCAUUCUUUGACACGACGUCAUAUGGGACGUACGAAAACUACUACAAUAGCAAAUACAAUUUGGAGCUCUUCGGGAAAAAAGACCAGCCUUUAUUAGAGGUCCGCAACAUAAGCACACGCAUGAACUGUCUCAUGCCUAGGGCGGCGUCCAUCAAAUCGUUCACUGAGAAACAGCAGAAGCUGAUUUCAGCUGCGCAGGGUGAUGACAAACCUAAAGGAUUCUCAGAGUUCUUCAUCCCGGAGUUCUGUAUCAAGUAUGACUUCCCAGGCGUUUUGUGGUACAAGGCCAUACUGCUGCCGAGCAUUGUUCACAGAGUGUUCAUGCUGCUUGUCGCACACGAACUCAGAGAAGAAAUUGUUGCUGAGACUAAAUACGGUAAAGGACGACUUGAUAAAGGUGAGGAAUGGAAACCGAUACAAGUGGACAUAGAAAUAGCCAAGAAAUCGCUUCUAUCCCACAUAGAAGAGCCAACACCGGUCAACACAAUCGACAGGAUAAACAACCCAAUCGAUGACAGCAUUCCGAGACCCCUCAAUAUAGUUUCCAUGAAAGAAACAAUAUAUCAACUGCAAAACAAGAAAAUCAGCAAGGAAUAUCCUUGGGACGAAAGAAUGGAACCAGUGGACAUAGAACGCAACUUGUCCUCAGUCACCGUGAUGGACAUAGAAUGUUACGACGAAUUCGUAUCUGCUCCCCUGGAGCCUAAAAGCCGGCCUGAUCAGGUCAAAUCUCCAGUCAAAGUUCCCACCUCCGCGGCUAUAUUACCGCCGCCAUUGAAAUACAACGACAAAAUUGGGAUUCUAUCAAAAAAACCGACCGACCGUGGGCCAGAACUAAAGGAUAUACUCGCGGCCCUCACCACAAUCAAUUCGGGAGACACUUUCAACCUGGAGCGAGUGGAGACUCUUGGGGACUCCUUCUUAAAGUUCGCAGGCAGCCUGUAUCUCUUCCACAAGUUCCCGAAGCUGAAUGAGGGGCAGCUGACCAAUAUCAAGAGCAGACUCAUCGGAAACAGGAACUUGUACUACGCGGGCGCUCGCAUUCGUUUGGGAGGCCGCAUGAAGGUGGAACAGUUUAGUCCGCGGAAAGACUUCCUAGUGCCAGGCUUCUUCGCGCCCAAGGAGGCAGAAAACUUCAUCAAUUCUAGACAGAUACGCCCAACGUUUCUAAUCGGGAUGUGCUUCAGCCGCGAGGAGGCGUUGCAAGGGUCUCUGUCUGAGGAGAGCCUGGAAGUCAUCCAACGCCGGUACAUCGACUGCGACGGCGCCGCCGAUGCCGAGCCCGAGGGCCGCGCUCAAGUGGCCAUGCAGGCCUACAUACGGUCGCAGGCCGUGUCUGACAAGUCAGUCGCCGACUGCGUGGAGGCUCUGGUUGGUACGUACCUUCUCAGCGGAGGGAUCUUGGCUGCAGUAAAGUUGCUGGAGUGGAUGAGGGUUCUACCUCCUCAGGACCACUUCGCACAACUUCUCCAUAAGUCGGUUUCCACUGUGUUGACGGAAAAGAAAGCAGAACUUAAAGAUAUAGAUUUUCUAUUGAACAACUGCGGCAAAGAUAUCGAAAAUAUCAUGAAUUACAAGUUUAAGGAUCCUUCGUUUUUGUUGGAGGCCAUGUCUCACCCAUCAUACAUCCGCAACAGACUGACCCGCUCCUACGAACGCCUGGAGUUCUUGGGCGACGCCAUCUUGGAUUUCCUUAUUACGUCACACAUAUUUGAGAACUGCCGGACGUUGAGACCUGGGGAGUUGACCGAUUUGCGGUCAGCGUUGGUCAAUAACGUCACGUUUGCGUCGUAUGUGGUCAAGCUGGGGCUGUAUAAAUUCUUAUGCUCACAACUGAAUCCGAGCCUAGAUAAAGCGAUAAUGGCGUUCGUGGAGCAUCAAGAACAAAGGGACCACGAGGUUAUAGAAGAAGUUUUGUACCUCAUCGAUGAGGAUGAGUGCCACAUUGCUGAGUAUGUGGAAGUUCCUAAGGUGCUAAGCGACAUAUUCGAGUCGCUAAUCGGCGCGAUAUUCCUGGACAGCGGCGGCGACUUGGCCGCAGUGUGGGCGGUCAUCUACCGCAUCAUGUGGAAAGAGAUCGAUGCGUUCUCCGCGAGAAUCCCGCAGCAACCGGUCAGGGUUCUAUACGAAAAGAUACACGCCUGCCCUGUGUUUGGCGACGCUCAAGUGACGAACACCGACGUGCCAAAGGUGAUGAUUCCAGUAACAGUGACGAAGAGUGGUCGUCAGCACACUAUCCAUGGAUUCGGGAACAACAAAUUCCAGGCCAAGCGAGCAGCUGCCAAGUUGGCCCUCAAAAUAUUGGCGCUUUAAUAUAUCAACCCCUUAUUUGAUCUCACUGCCUAGUGCAGCAGAGGCCUUAAAUUGAAAGUCACUAAAAUUAUUGUCAUUUUAAAACUGAAAUUAUUUUUUGUUGUAAUUAAUUAAUUAUAUGCUGCAUGUUGCUGUUACUCAAAGGAAAAUUAUAUUUUGUAAUAUUUGACGUCACGACACGAACUAGUGAUCAUAUUCGUAUGUGCUUUGUUUUUAAGUGUUUUUUUUUUACAUUAUUUUUAACUUUAAAAAUAUCGCAGAAAUAGCGAGGCAAAGUAUUUAUGUGAUAGUCACAAUUUCUUCAUUAUACUUUUUUACUGUACCCUAAGCGAUAUCUCUCUACAUCGUUAUAAAACCAACAAAAGUAACACUUUAUUGUAAAGCAGAAUCUUGACAUGAGAUGGUGGGUUUUUCAUACUACAUCUCCCAAUUUUGCGUGUCACAUGCAGUAAAAAAAACUUCCCAGCUCUCUUAAUGUCAAUAGUCUGCAUAUUACGAAUUCAUCACUCAUAUUUUAUUUAUUGUACCUAGUUAAUAUAGUACAUUUAAAAAAUAUAUAUUAAAAUAAAUAUUUAUGUAACCGUAAAUCUUUACCAUUGUAUUUUUUCUAUUUACCAUUGUUCUGUAUUGUAUAAAUAAUUUAGCUUGUUGUCGAAGUUUUUUGAUAAAAUGUAUGUAGUAUGUAUACAGGGAAAUUUAUUAUGAAAUAAUUAUUUCAUAAUGCGUUAUGAAAUAAUUAUUUCAUAAUGCAUUUUAAUAAUAUGUAAUGAAUUAAACAUCAUACGUUUACGAUACGUGAAUUUUUUUGAAAUAAAAUUUGGGCUGGAUUUCAUUGCUUAAAAAUAUAAUUUUCGAUGCGUGUUAAUUAUUAAGUAAUUAUUAGUGGUUAAAAUAACUGAAUUUAUAAGAGAAUUUUAGACUCAAAUUUAAGGUAUGUCGUGUUAAACACGUUUUCGUCGAAAUUGUAUAAAUUAUGCUGUGUGUGCCCAACUAUGUUUGCGUUAAUAUCAGUUUCUUAUCCCCGAGUCGAUGCACUUGCACAAGCAUGAUUUCUGCAGUUUUGCUGGUCAUAAGGCUAUUUUUACCCGACUGCGCCAGAAGGAGGGUUAUGUUUUUUAGUGGAAUUACGAUUGCGGACCUACCGACUAAAAUGGGGAAUGGAAUAAAAGAUAUUACGACAUCGGGCUCAUUAUUUUCCAAAUUCUAGUUCGAUGAUGAAUUUUGUAUUGAUGAAUGUUGCUUGGAUGUAUUGUAAUUAGAAGUAAAUAAAUCACAAACUUGAUAUUAA